CACCAACUUAAAUUGCAUUCUCUCUCCUCUUUUUCAGACAAUAAAAAGAUAAAAAAACAAAAAAACAUUCUCUCUCUUGUUUCCCUUACUCUCUCCUCCUUACUUUCUCUCUCUUUACCGGCCUCCAUCGCCGGCAAACUCGCCGUCCUUAAACUUCCCAACUCUGUCUAACAUCUUUUACUCAUAUAUUAUUUUGCACAGUUGUGAUCUUGUUUGAAUCGAAGAGAAGAAGAAAAAGAAUUUAUCUAGGAAUUUGUGCUAGUAAACCAAGGUUGAUCUGCUGUGGGAAGUGAAAUGAGUUAAGGAUUUUUGGGAAAAGUGUAAAAUUUAGAUCUGGGGUUUUAAUUUUGUUGCUAAAUACUCAAAUUUUAGCACCUAAAUUGACUGGUUGAUUUUGGUGUAAUUUUAUUUUGUUUUUGGGUGAAUGGUCAAGGAAUCAAGCUAGAAUUAAUGGUGGUAUAGAAGAGGAUGAAAGGCAGUGAUGUUAAAGAUCGUAGAGGGAGGAGAUUAAGUGAAUUUCUCACAUGGAAUGGCAGAUCUUGUUAGUUAUGGUAAUGCCCAUCGUGAUAUUGAACAGACAUUGGUUGCUUUAAAGAAGGGUGCUCAGUUACUCAAAUAUGGUCGUAAGGGUAAACCUAAAUUUUGUCCAUUCAGACUUUCUAGUGAUGAAACAACUUUAAUCUGGCUGUCUAGUGGCCGUGAGAAAAGCAUAAAGCUAUCGUGUGUGUCUAGAAUCAUCCCUGGACAAAGAACGGCUGUUUUCAGAAGGUAUUUGCGCCCGGACAAGGAUUAUUUAUCAUUUUCCUUAAUAUACAACUAUGGAAAACGGUCUCUUGAUCUGAUCUGCAAGGAGAAAGUUGAGGCUGAGGUGUGGAUUGCUGGUCUAACAGCACUCAUAUCUGCGGGAAAAGGUGGACGCUCAAAAAUAGAUGGAUGGAACGAGGAAGGGUUUUCCUUUCAGGACAAUAAAGAUCUGAUAUCGACUAGUCCUAGUGAUAGCUCUCUUACCCUUACAAGAUAUCUUAGCUCCCCAGAGGAUUCUCUUAGUUUACAUGGUGGUUUGUCUCCUAAACAAAACCAGUUUGUCAACUUCAUGUCGUCUGAAAAAUCUCAUGUAGCUUCAGAGAACACAAUUAUGCAAGCAAAAGGAUCAGCUUCAGAUGUUUUUCGGGUUAGUGUUUCAAGUGCACCUAGCACUUCUAGUCAUGGAUCUGCAGGCGAUGAUUGUGAUGCUCUUGGUGAUGUGUACAUUUGGGGUGAGGUUAUAUGUGAUAAUGCUCCCAAAGCUGGAGCCGAUAAAAGUAUGCAUUCCGUUAGCACUAGAGCAGAUGUUCUUCUUCCCAAGCCAUUAGAGUCUAAUGUAGUUCUAGACGUACACCUCAUAGCUUGUGGUGUUCGGCAUGCUUCUCUUGUCACACGGCAAGGUGAGGUCUUCACUUGGGGUGAGGAAUCUGGAGGUAGGCUUGGUCAUGGAGUGGGAACGGAUGUUCUUCAACCUCGUCUAGUUGAAUCAUUAGUUGCUUUUAAUGUUGAUUUUGUUGCGUGUGGUGAAUUCCAUAGUUGCGCUGUAACAAUAUCCGGUGAACUGUACACAUGGGGUGAUGGUACUCAUAAUGCAGGGCUCCUCGGUCAUGGAACUGAAGUGAGUCAUUGGAUACCGAAAAGAAUUGCUGGACCUCUUGAAGGACUCCAAGUGGCUUCCGUAGCUUGUGGUCCAUGGCACACGGCUUUAAUAACGUCGAGUGGGCAGCUCUUCACAUUUGGUGACGGGACAUUUGGUGUCCUGGGCCAUGGAGACCGUGAAAAUGUUCCUUAUCCAAGGGAGGUGGAAUCUCUAUCUGGUUUGAAAACAAUCGCUGUUGCUUGUGGUGUGUGGCAUACUGCAGCUGUGGUUGAUGUUAUCGCACCUCAAUCCAAUUCUAACAUUUCAUCAGGAAAAUUGUUCACGUGGGGCGAUGGAGAUAAAAAUCGUCUUGGUCAAGGUGACAAAGAACCUCGUUUAAAACCAACUUGUGUGCCAUCACUUAUUGAACAUAAUUUUCAUAAGGUUGCUUGUGGGCAUAGUUUAACCGUUGGUUUGACUACCUUGGGUCAUGUUUUUACAAUGGGAAGUACAGUUUACGGCCAACUUGGGAAUCUUUUUUCUGAUGGGAAGCUACCUUGUUUGGUUGAAGAUAGACUUGGUGGUGAAACCGUUGAAGAGAUUUCUUGUGGUGCUUAUCACGUUUCCGUUUUAACUUCCAGGAACGAGGUUUAUACUUGGGGAAAGGGUGCAAACGGGAGGCUAGGUCAUGGUGACAUAGAGGACCGAAAAAUUCCAACCUUGGUUGAGGCCUUAAAGGAUAGACAUGUUAAAUAUAUCACUUGUGGUUCGACUUACUCGGCCGCUAUAUGUCUUCACAAAUGGGUAUCCGGUGCUGAGCAGUCUCAGUGCUCAUCUUGUAGGCAGGCUUUUGGAUUUACUCGAAAGAGGCACAACUGCUACAAUUGUGGACUUGUACACUGUCAUUCGUGUAGUUCAAAGAAAGCGUUUAGGGCGGCUCUUGCUCCUAAUCCCGGAAAACCUUAUCGUGUAUGUGAUUCUUGUUUUACCAAACUCAGUAAAGUUUCGGAAGGUGGAAGCAAUAGAGGGAGAAGUUCCGGUCCUCGGCUUUCUGGUGAAAACAAAGACAGGUUAGAUAAAGCAGAAUUAAGAUUAUCAAAGGCGAUGCUACCUUCGAAUAUGGACUUAAUCAAGCAGUUGGAUACUAAAGCUGCCAAGCAAGGAAGGAAAGCCGAGACAUUCUCGCUAAUACAAGCUUCCCAAACACCGUCCUUGUUACAGCUGAAAGAUGUCGUUUUAUCCGGAAAUGUUGAUAUAAAGCAAACACUACCGAGACCAGUUGCCUCUACAACUUCCAUUUCCCGACCCGUGUCGCCUUUCUCUCGUAAACCAAGUCCUCCCCGUUCAGCGACCCCAGUUCCGACGACUUCUGGCUUGUCUUUCUCCAAGAGUGUUGCUGAUAGUUUGAAGAAGACUAAUGAACUCCUGAAUCAAGAAGUUAUUAAAUUGCGUGCGCAGGUCGAGAGCUUGCAACAACGAAGUGAAAUCCAAGAGUUAGAGCUUCAGAAAUCGAUUAAGAAAACACAGGAAGCUAUGGCACUUGCUACAGAAGAGUCUGCCAAAACUAAAGCUGCGAAAGAAGUAAUAAAAUCGCUUACUGCACAGCUCAAAGAUAUGGCUGAGAGGUUACCGCCUGGGGCUUAUGAUCCGGAGAUUCUAAAGAUACCGCAAAUUCCAAAUGGCUUGGAGCCAAAUGGUAUUCGCUUUGCUGAUGCCAGUGGAGAGCAUGGUUUGAAACCCGAUCCUGUCAAUGGUUCAAAUGUCACCGCAUCAACUGGAAUUGGUUCUUCGAUGACAAAUGGAAUCCAAGGACCUCUACAAUCUCCGAGGGAAUCAUAUAUGCACAAUGAAAGCACUUACCAGCAGAAUGAAGGCUUUGCGUCCUCGAAGUUUAGAGACGAUCAACUUCCUACGAAAUUUUCGAAUACCGCAGGAGGUCUUCAGACUUGCAGCAGUAAUGUUUCCGGGGUAUCUGACGCUCGAAUUUCUGCAUCAUCUCAAGAUGGUCAUAAUAGUAUCAGGUCGAAAAGUCCCGUGCCUGCAGUAGGUAAUAAUAAUAGUCAAGUAGAAGCCGAAUGGAUUGAACAGUAUGAACCUGGUGUCUAUAUCACUCUGGUUGCCCUUCGAGAUGGAACUAGAGAUCUUAAACGCGUGCGCUUCAGCCGAAGACGAUUUGGGGAGCACCAAGCGGAAACAUGGUGGUCAGAGAAUCGGGAAAAGGUGUACGAAAGGUACAAUGUUCGUGGGUCCGACAAGUCAUCUGUAUCAGGACAAACUGCAAGAAGAUCGGAAGGAGCGAUGUCUCCUGCAUCGUCGUAUCUUAGCAGAGGACCAUAGCCCAUAGGUAGUUGGCGAGCGUGUAAUUAUCGGGAAGGCAUUCGAUAUGAAGUGAAUAGAUGAAGUAAUCAGAUUGAAGUGCCCCAUGGUUUGGAAUUUUUGUAUACAUUACACUUCAAUUAGCCAUUCAGGGGUUAAAGAAAGCAACACCUUUUGACCCGUUCUUUGUCAUUCUAGUUUUAGUGUAUAUAAAAUUAUUAAUUAUUCACCAGAAUAUAUUGGUAAGUAUGAUUAAUGAUUGUAGUUAAUUUACAUCCACUUUCUUUUUAUAUGAUCCAUAUUUCUUUAA